UCAUGAGUUCAUCGCUUAUUUUUGCUUAAUGGGAUUUCACCGAGAUGGAUGCUUUCGAUUUCACUUUCCCAAAAAGAAGACCAGCCCGCUGAUCCCCGCCCACAGCUUAUAAAAGAGACUGGGCCUCCAUGUUGCUAUCUUUUCUGCUCUCAGUUCAUUCCAGACACCAUCAGGCGAACAAACUUUGCCUCUGAGAUUUUUUAUUAACAAACAUUUUUUCAUUUUCCCAACAAAACUCUUUGGACACGAUGUUUUCCUGUUACCUUUUCCUCUUUAUUUCUUUGAUAAUAUCCUUCCGAGACGUCCAUGUGUCCACCUCUGAUUCUAGCUGCACAGACAAUCCUGUGUUCACUCCAUCUGCACUGGUAGUGAAGUACGGUGGCCCAGCCAAUGCUACAUGUGUUGUAUGUCAGAAGGACUGCAGGGGAACUGUUUUUGGUUUGGAGCACGCUGUGGGAAAAGUUACAGGACAUGGAACCACGAUGUUGUGGACAGUUGACAAACUGACUGUAUGGGACACAUCUCUCAUAUGCUAUUAUAACACUGAUGCUGGUGAUCAGUGUUCUAGCAUUCUGGAUAUAACCACCUAUCAGCCUCCAGAAAGUGUCUCCAUCAGCUUUGUAAACCACACUGGGAUGAUGUUUGAGAAUCAGCAGUACACCCUGCAGUGUAGCGUACAGAACGUAGCUCCUGUUCAAAGCCUCACUGUGACCUUCUACAGAGGAAACACAGCACUGGGUCACCUACAGUCCAACAGUGAAAAGAAGAAACCAGUGAAUGACACCUUUACUCUGAACAUCACUCCCAGUAGAGAAGAUGAUGGAGCCCAGUACUGGUGUGAAACCAAGCUGGAGCUGGGACCAGCUGGACCACAGCGCCCUCCAGUGGUGACAUCAGAAAAACUCCCUGCUAUAGUUCACUAUGGGCCUGAGCUAAAGGAGCCACCAAAUCCAGAUGUGAUCACAAUCACAGAAGGAGACACUCUACACCUGAACUGCUCCUCUGUGGGAAACCCCAGCCCCUCAUACACCUGGACACUUCCAACAAAUAGUUCUUCCUACAGUGGCAGCGUUCUCACUAUUAAAUCUGUCGGCUUUGAGCAUGAAGGACAGUAUAUCUGCACUGUGAGCAACACAGUAGGGACUGUCACCAAGGAGUUUAACAUUGAUGUACAAGUCAACUCCAUCCCAUAUAUAAUAGCUGGGACGAUACUGGGAGCUCUGGUCCUUGUCGGACUGUCAGUGGGAUGCUACUGCAAACACAACUGAAUGGGAAACUACAAACUCAACAAAAUUAUUGUUAGUGACAGCUGAAGAAAUGACUAAAUGGUUAACACGUGCUUUUGAUACAAGCUGCUCAUCAGAAUCAGUAACGGUCUGUCUUUAUUAAGUAAACUUAUUGCUUGGAAAAAGCACAAUUGCAAUGAAAGGUUCUCCCCAAUAUCUCUUUGUUUAAAUGUGGUGUUCAAACUGGGCCCACGGGGUCUUUGAGGGUCUCUGCUAGAUAAAUGUCCCCUCUGUUCUUCACUUGUUGGCUGAUUCUCUCCUUAAUCAUUCUCUGCUUGAUAAUGCAGGCUAUUUUCACUCAAACCUAAAAUCCCUAAUACAUCUCAUAGGUAUUCUCUCAAUCUCAUACAUGACACUUCACAAUGUCUGCAUAUUUUCUUGGGAUUAUUCAAUAAUGUCACUUUUCCUCUUAAGUUAAAUUAGAUAAGGGUUGUCCUUGGAAAACAAUUUGUCCUCACUGCUCAGUAUCUUGAAUUUUAUGUCCUUUUCUAUUCAAGAUGCAACAUAAAAGGGACUUUUAGUCAUUAUAGGUCACAAAGUUUGCUUUGUUUAUGAUGUUCCAUUGUCAAAUUUAUAAAGCGCUUAAAUGAAUAACGUUGUUGGUGCUUUGCAAGGUGUUUCCACUUCAUCUCAUCUGCAAAUGUAAUGGUGAUAAACAGCAGAUUAUUCUUCAUGUAUCUGAUUCAAUUCCAUCAUACUCCUGUAUCCAUGUGUAUCCACCCUCAAGCCUUGUCCUCUGUUCUAUUUUGCUUCUGGACACUUGCUUCAGUUCCCUCGUCUCACCGUCAUUCAGUUCAGUUGGUGUUAUGCAUAUAUUCUGUGUCUCUGGAAAUGUUGCUGUUAAUCAUUCAUGUGUUUUAUAUUCUAUACCAGUGGUCCUCAACCUUUUUUGGGCCACAGACCAGAUUAUGUCCAACAAUAUUUUCAUGGGCCGGCCUUUAAGGUGUCGCGGAUAAAUACAACUCUCAUGGUCCGAGUGAGUGCGGGGUUUUUCCACUCUGCUGGGCUCCACCUUGAGGCAGAGACUCCAAUCAGCCUUCGCACCUGACUGCAAUCAAGUCAUUUAAGACCAGCACUCACAACAGACCUCUGCUAGAUCUUCAGCUAACUUGUGUUAGUGAUAGGCUGCCAAGCUCUUGUGAGAGCCCUUAACUCUGCAUUUCUACUCACAGUGUUUUCUCUGUGUCAUAGUACAUGCCUGGCCGUCACCUUUCACAAGCUGGAAUAAUACACAUCUCAGUCUGGAUGCGAGUUUUCACCUAUCAGGUUGCGCUCCCUUCAUCGUGGCCCUUCACCCGCCUGCCUCCCUGCCAGGGCCGUUGCUCCAAGUAUAUUCUGGACUCUCUCUCUACCACUCCUCACCCAGACCACCUGGACACCCUCCUCGCACGACGCCUUCCCCUGCAAUGCUAAAAAUAAAUAAAUAACACAUUGGGAUCAUGCUGAAGACCGCAGAACGCAGCCGAGGCAUCAGGUGGGAUAAAGGAGCUGGAAACAUCACCUGAUAGAGAAAAAAAGACAACAGACAGAAUGGAAAAAAAGAAGUGUCCUUCAUUGCACAUUUUUGAUCAAUGAGAAGUCCCCUUUUUUCCCCUUCUUCCACUCUAGACUUUUGACCAAUCACUGAUCAGGACGAAUUGCACUACUGUAUGGUCCAUCCCCGUGCCUGGAGCAUGCUCAGAAGGUUGGUUUUUCAUAGUUCAAUAGUUCAUCUAUCAAGACCAGAAAGCUCAGUAAGCAUACUCCAGAUGAUACUAUAGACCAGGGGUCGGCA